ACCACUAUCAACAACUUCCUCCGUGAAUUGUACACGCCGAAGUGCUUUAUUUCUCUUUAUCAGGCAAUAACUAAGUUAGAUAUAGAUUUAGACAAUCUUGUAACAUUAACUGUGAUUUAAAUGUUGUUUUAGGAUAGCUUCUUUCGUUACUCACAUUAAUGCAGGAUGGUGUUUUAUUUUACGAGUGCUGUUGUGUCUCCGCCAUACACAAUCUACAUGGGGAAGGAUAAAUACGAAAAUGAAGACCUAAUCAAGUACGGCUGGCCUGAAGACAUCUGGUUUCACGUGGACAAACUGUCCUCGGCCCAUGUCUACCUGAGAAUGCCUACGGGACUGACGAUAGAUGACAUUCCCAAGGAGGUGCUGAUCGACUGUGCACAGCUGGUGAAGAACAACAGCAUCCAGGGCUGCAAGAUGAACAACAUCAACGUUGUGUACACGCCCUGGGCCAACCUGAAAAAGACAGGAGAAAUGGACGUCGGACAGAUAGGCUUCCACAGGCACAAGGAGGUGAAGCUUGUGGCCGUGGAGAAGAAGGUGAACGAGAUCGUCAACAGGCUGGAGAAGACCAAAGACGAGAGGUUCCCCGAUCUGGCAGCAGACAAGGAGUCCCGAGACCGUGAGGAGAGGAACGAGAAGAAGGCCCAGAUACAAGACCUGAAGAAGAAGGAGAAGGACGAGAUGAAAAGGCGAAAAGAGAUGGACGAGCUUAAGAGUUACUCCUCACUCAUGAACAGUGACAACAUGACAACCAACGAGGAUGGCAAUGACUCAGAUGACUUCAUGUGAGAGAGGGGGGGUCAUGUGUCAUCCUAGUGACAGACGGCUUCAUCUACUAACUGACGUUGCUGGGUACUCUCACUGUUCUCUCAGACAGUGCAGCACUGACAUUGUACAUAGAUGGAUACAAACUCUCCUCGCUACAGUAUAUACACAGCAGCACUUGUGCCAAUAGCAACUUGGGAUGUGUGUGUGCGUGCGUGCUGCUUAACUCCCUAUCAAACUUUCCUGAGCCUACCACCAGGACAUUGCCAUGACAGUGAUACGGUAAAGAAAUUCAGGUAAAAGAUUCACUGUCCCUAGCAACGGAAAGAAAACGGUUCAGCAAUGAUCCUAGGAGUUAGACUGAGUCCUAUGCUACAUAAUCAUCGCUCAACUCUUCAAAUCAACACCGUUGCAUGCCUGUUUAUGAAAUGCUAUGAAUGAAUGUAUAUGAUGGCCCUAUGACCAGUAUGUCCAUCUAUGGUCACUAAGUAUGUACAGGAACACCUGUUGUUGUUGGUUUGUUAUUGUUUGCCUGAGCGACGCUGCUGCCCUCUACCCCAGAUCCCGGCUGCGUCUUUAAGCCCUGGAGUCAGGUUCACCCUCACUAUUUGAUUUGAUAUGAUUAUGUUCAAAUUCAGAAUAAAACGUUCCCUUGUUUAA